CCCUCCCCCACGGUGCAAGGUCAGUGUCACACAGUGCUCCACAGAACUUCUGUGGACAAGACUCUACUUCUGGCACCUACCUGAGACCUUGACAGAUCCCAGACCAUGUGGCUGUACCUGGUGACCCUGGUGGCUCUGUAUUACCUUGUGCGCUGGUACCGGGAGAGGCAGGUGGUAAGCCAGCUGCAGGACAAGUACGUCUUCAUCACGGGCUGUGACUCGGGCUUUGGGAACCUGCUGGCCAGGCAACUGGACCUGCAGGGCUUGAGGGUGCUGGCUGCGUGUCUGACUGAGAAGGGGGCUGAGACUCUGAGGGCGAAGACUUCAGACAGGCUGGACACAGUGAUCCUGGAUGUCACCAAGUCAGACAGCAUCGCUGCGGCCACCCAGUGGGUGAAAGAGCACACGGGAGACCGAGGUCUCUGGGGUCUGGUGAACAAUGCCGGAGUCUCAAUGCCCUCAGGUCCCAAUGAGUGGCUGACCAAACAGGACUUCAUGAAGAUAAUGGACGUGAACCUGCUGGGGGUGAUCGAGAUGACUCUGAGCCUGCUGCCCCUUCUGAGGAAGGCCAGGGGCCGCAUCGUCAACGUCUCCAGUGUCCUGGGCCGUCUGUCCCUUUAUGGUGGUGGCUACUGCAUCUCCAAGUAUGGCAUUGAGGCCUUCUCAGAUUCCCUCAGGAGGGAAGUCUCAUUCUUUGGGAUGAAAGUGGCUAUCAUUGAGCCUGGUUACUUCAAAACUACUAUAACCAAUCCUGAGGUUAUUACUAAAAGUUUGCAGAAUGCAUGGGAUAAAUGCAGUCCAGAAGUCAAGGACAUUUAUGGGGAGAAAUUUCUGGCAUCCAAUUAUAAAUUUCUACAGAAGAAGCAUUCACAGUUGUGUGAGGAUCUGACCUUGGUGACAGACUGCAUGGAGCAUGCCCUGAUGUCCUGUCACCCUCGCACACGAUAUUCAGCUGGCUGGGAUGCCAAAUUCAUUUACAUCCCCCUGAGCUACAUGCCCACCUUCCUGCUGGAUGCCUUCCUCAAAUGGAAAGCCAUAAGACCUGCCAAGGCCCUGUGAAGCCUAAAUGAGUGUUUUGUGAAACAUUAUACAUUCUGGAGUAUUUGGAACAAAAAAACCCCAUGUUUAUCUGGCUGAAGAACAGGGACCAACUAGCACAUAUCUGUAAACCUUUUUGAGUGAAGUUUCUAAAACCCAUGACCUUCUUCCCUGAAGGAUUUCCAUUUUGUAGGGAGUGAAUAGCUGAUGGGGCUCAGCUCUAGCUGCUCUGUAUCAUCUGUCUCCUGUGCCCUGGUCCUGGGAAAGCCUAGAGAUGGAUAUAAGAUGGAUGACAAGAGGAUUCCUCUGCACAGAAGAUUCCUUUUGGCAGUGUGAAGAUGUGGAGGCUUCCCAGCUUGACCCCCCAGUCUCAGGUGCCUAACUGUCGGAUACUGUAACCCAGACAGCUCUGCACUCCUGGGCCUCCACAGUGUCCUACAGUAGUCAAAGGACACAUCAUUAACCAAAGUUGAACAUUAUCCACAGUGUUCAAUAAAAUGAUGUUUCUUGUCCAAAGAAUCACCUGAAUCUCUAUUUUACUUCAUUUUAAUGUAGCAGGUAGAUGGGAAAGCACCCCUCCCCUUCCCCGUGGCAGUGGAACUCUUGGAAAGUAAUGAAACUAAAAGCCUCAAGUUUACAAAAAGUCCACCUUGUGAGCUCAGGAGCCUAAUAAGACUUCACCCAGCACCAACUGAACCAGAGAAGGCCGGACCCCCUUUGAGAGAAGCUCCAGCAGGAACAAAGGCCAAGGAAAAGAAUUUAAAAGAAGAUAAUCAACCACUCCCAACUCUACCACCUUGGCAAGCACCCUAGCAAUGGACUCUCACCUAGCCAUAAAGCCCCACGUGGGGCAGUUGGGGGAAAAAAAUCAUAUAAAAGCCACCUUGAAUAAAGGAAGUGCACAUAUGCACUGCCCGAGCCGUUGUGCCCUCAUGGUCAAGCACAUGUGGUGUCAGAUCACAUUGUCACCCUCAUCUCACCUCUUGAGAUAAGUAUUGGAACUCUCUCUGCCUUUGAGAGGUCCACAUUCUCUCUUGUCUUUCUCCCUCUCUUUACUUCCUUCCAUUUCCUCAAAAAGCCUCCAAAUAAAAUCUGUUUUUACUUCA